AUGGUCAACCUCCUCAGCCUUCCGGACGAGAUCCUUGUCGAAAUAGUCCGUUAUCUCGACCACGACCACGAAAAGCCCUCUCUGGCCUUUUGGGCCGUCGCAUACUGGUGCAACGAGGCAGUCGAUGCCUGUACACUGUCUCAGCGGGCUCGCAAUCUCCGUUCUCUGAUGCUUUCUGCACGUCGACUGAGCCGCAUCGUCGAGCCUUUCUUUUACCGGGAUAUCCUUGUCGGGAGCUCUCCCAGAACGCGGACGAAAUUCCACCGGGCGCUGGAGGAGAAUCCGCUCCUCCUAGAACAUACCGAAUCAGCCAUUGUCAGAUGCGCGGAUGACUUUGAGGAUGUGUCUGCUCUGUUCUGGCAUCGCAUGCAUACCUUGACUAUCUGCAGCUUUCGCGACUGGUAUCCCCUCGAUUUCGAAAACGACGACCACGUCGGUAGGUCGACGGUUCUACGGCUGAACUUGGUCAAUUGUGGCGCCAAAGAGGACGCGCUGGCUGCCGCGCUGAGCUGGCCAGCUGCGUUGCAAAGCCUUCACUAUGACGCGGACCAGGGAGAGUGGGAAGGCCAUUACGAGAAUGAACCCGUCAUCCCCUGGACGUGCGCCGCAUUUGUGCGGGCACUGCAGCCUCAAAAGGCACAUUUGCAAGAGCUCACCCUGACCCGGGCGGGGCUGAAGCACGAAGGGCUCUUCAUGGGCCCGCGGAUCGACCUGCACGAUUUCAAGGCCUUGACAAUCCUGAGGAUUCUCGAGGUAUUCCUCUGCGGAAUUGAGGAUCCUCGCGAGUGCUGGAGGGGUCUUCCUCCUAAUCUGGAGACGCUGGAGGUCUCUUACGACGACCCAGGGUACAUCGAUUUCUUCCGCGACGAUGGAGGACCGUACGGCGGGGGGUGGCUCGAUGAACUCCUCGAUCGGAAGGAGGCAAACUUGCCCAAUCUGUCCAGAAUCACGAAUCGCUCGUGGGAGGACGGGCCCGAUGACGGUGAGAUGGAACCUACCGCCCGGUCGCGUUACAGUUGGGAGCUGCCGCCUUUGUUGGAUGAAAAGCGCAAAACGGCCGGUGUCGAGCUGCGGAUUUCACUCGGAUCGAUGGAAGAGCGGCUAUGGGCGGACUAUGAUGCUGUAGACAUCCUGCCCUGGGAUUGGUGA